AUGGCCGCGCGCAGCAGCACCAUGAUCCUGAGCAGAGCUCUCCGCUCCCAGCGCACAACACAGAUGCCCCGCGCAGCAUCGCGGCUCUAUUCAACAUCAGUAGAUGACGAGAAGAGGCCAUCCAUUGUGAAGAACCCCGACGACGCUGACACGGGAAUCACAAACAAACAGGGAACAUUUUAUAAAACGUUUACGCGGCCUGUCCUCAAAGUUCUCCUGAUGGCGACCCUCACAUAUCAAAUCGCCUACUGGACCUGGACGAAGCUGGAACAGGACGAGAUUCGCGGCGAGAAGAGCAAGGAGAUUGAGAGUCUCGAGGCAAAGGUCGCAGAGUUGCAGGCAGGGAAGGGAACGAAGGCCUAG